CGCUCAUUUCAUUUCUCUCUCUAUUUCUCUUUCUCAUAUUUUUGCUUCCAUGCAUGGAAUUCUCCUCCUACUAUAACACACACACACACACACAAACAAGAAAAGAUAUAUAGAUGUAGAGAGAGAAAGAGAGAGGUGUUGUAUGUAUAUGAUGGAGAGAAAUAUUGGGAAGAAAGAGUCUUUGGCUUCUGUUUUAUUUCUUUAUCUUGAUAGGCUGUGGCUAGUUCAAGGCCAUCAUUAGCGACCCAUCUGUUCAAAAGUUUGAUUUUUUCCACAUUUAAUCCUUCAAAAUCUUGGGACAUUAAUAUAGGGUAGGAGGGUUGUCAUUUAUAUGCCUUUUUUUCUCUAUUCUGCGAGAUUACAUCGAUUUGGGAUUCAAGAGUGUUCUCUUUGUUGUGGGUCUGAUUGUUUACUUCCCAAGAACUGUCACAUCUGACCAGUUUGAUGAUCCUGGUCCUAUCACUUGUGUGAUCUGUGCCCAAACCCAUGUCCCAGAUUUGAGCCUUUUCAACUUCAUUUUUCUACUUCGAUGUUGGUUCUCUGAUCUGGGCCGUGUUCCUAUGUUUCUUGAACUGUUUGGGCGGUGGUAGAUCGAGAAAUGCUGCAUUCUAGCGCAAUUUAAGUUGAGUUAGUUGUUUUUGCUGAUCUUGAUUCUAGUGUUGGGUUUUUCUUGCUUCAGUUGUUGGGUCUUGAAUUAGGAUGGAGGAGGAUCAAGAAUUGAGGUUUGUUUGCAAGUUGUGCAACAAGAAGUACCCAUGUGGGAAGUCUUUAGGAGGUCACAUGAGGUCUCAUGUACUAGCAAAUUCUGCUGAAUCUGAGGAAAAAGUUGAGGCCAACAUGAAAAGGGUUUCAUCUUUGGGUGUUGCUGGGCAGCAGAGUGUGAUGAAUGAGUCAAAAAUUGCUGAAUUUGGAAAUGGGCAGUCUAGUUAUGGCCUCAGAGAGAAUCCUAGGAAAUCUUGGAGGGCUGUGGAUUCUAGCUUCCCUUUGUCCCAAGAGAGAGUCUGCAAGCAAUGUGGUAAAGCAUUUCAAUCUCUGAAAGCAUUGUGUGGGCAUAUGGCUUGUCACUCUGAGAGGGAUAGGGGUUUGAAAGAUGAUCAUUCUUGGACCAGUGAGAAUCAGAAGCUGGUGAUGGAUAGUCAUUCGGAUACCGAAGCCGAGGACCGGAUUCUGAGAACCAGAUCCUCAAAGAGUAAUAAGAGGUACAAGAAAAUAGUUGUCAAGUCACCUUCUUUUUCUUUAGCUAAUAAUGGUUCUUCAUCUGUUUCUGAGAUUGAUGGAGAAGAGCAAGAGGAAGUAGCUAUGUGUUUGAUGUUGUUGUCAAGGGACUCUGGGAACAAGGGUGGUGUGAAUUCAGUUGUGGAGUCUUCUGAUAAUAAUUCAGUCAUUUUAGAGACUAAAUCUUCUUCCAUUGACAUGAGAACUAAAAGAAGGGAAGCACCCAAAGAGGUAGAUGAGAUUCCCCAGAUGAAGAAAAUUGGUGAUAUGAUGAAGUUAAAAGAUAGUGUGUUGGAAGUUGCUCAAGCGGAUAACUCUGAUUCUGGGUAUUUCUUGGAUGAAUGUGCCAAGGCCGAGUCUGAUGUAUCUGUUGAUGGAUUUCGAAGGAAUGGUGCUUUUGGUGAAUACAGUAAGUCCCUUAUGAAUGGAAGUUAUGAGGAGUAUGGUGCUGAAUUUGGACAUAGUUUGAACAGAAGCAAGAGUUAUCGAGCAGAGCUAAAAAGAGAAUUGGUGAAGGAAAAUGACUACAAUACGGCUUCAAACUCUGCUAGGAUUGAAUCAAGAAGGAGAAGGUAUAUUUCUGAAAAUCCAGAAUUAUGCAAUGAAUAUGGCAGGAUAACAAGAAACGAACCUCCUAAUGCUGAGGCGUGCAACAUUUCUCAGAAGAAAAGUAAAUAUGAAUGCUUCAACUGCAAAAAGGCCUUCAAGUCUUAUCAGGCUCUUGGAGGACACAGACCGUGCCACAAACGAAACAAUGCUUUCUAUGAAUCGAGAUACGAAAGUGGUGAGAACAGCCUAGAUGACUCUACUGAAUUCGUAACAACUGGCAAGCUUGUCGAGUCUGCUAGCAACAGAAGAUCAAGUGCUAAGAACUCAUCUCACUAUGUGGAGAAGAAAAUCAAAGCUAAGAAGAACAAAGGGCAUGUUUGCCCAUUCUGCAACAGGGUUUUCAAGAAUGGCCAGGCCUUAGGUGGCCACAAGAGGUCACAUUUCAUUGGUGGGCAUGAAGAAAAUAACCAUAGAAGUCCAGUGGUAAAGCCUGAUAUGCUUGAUCUUAAUCUUCCUGCACCCGAGGAAGAUGAGGAUGACGGGCGUGAACGAUUUUCUCCCUGGUAGACUUGAGACAAAAACACUUCAUGAAAGGCUUCUUGGCUGAUACUUAAGUGUAAAGGUGGUCCUGCUAAUUCCCAAAGAUGCUAGUGUAUAGCAAAACUGGUGGACAGCAAACCUCAUGUUGCUUGUUCGAUGAUGGAUUGGAACUGCAGUAGUCGUACUGCUCCAUGACGACUGUGAGCAGCACUCGUUAUCCUCUCUCGUUGCGACCCCUUUCUGCAUGUUCCCUGAAUAUGCUGCAAUUUUUGCAGACUACUUCAAAUUUAUCUUUCAUUCAUUUAGAAGCAUCAACAUUAUAUCUAGAAUGAAGUUUUGUUGGCAUGUUAGUUCUCUGAUCGCAGAGUAGUAUCCAAGAAUACUGUUAGCAUUUCAUUUCUUCUAGUUAUUCAAUUUGAAGAUGGUGAAGUCAGUUGUGCUUCCCUCUUUCAUAAGUUCAGACUAAUUAGUGUUGGCCGAAUAAUACAUUGAUGUUGCUUCA